AUGCGACCAUCCAAAUCAUCCCUGCCGGCUGGAGAGCGUUCACCAGAUUCAUCUCCACCUCACCCUCCAGCCAGAAAGCGGAAGAGACCCUCAGCAGCCUCAGCAGGAACAGCUUCCGCCUCACAGCCACUACCUUCACUCGCCAGAAAGCCAUCAAUCCAGAAUCUGUUCUCUGCACAAGCCUCAGCUGGUGCUUCCCAACCAAACCCCAUCGACUCCUCGCCCAACCGCAAGAAACCCAAAACACAGCCAGUCCAGAUGCAGUCAGAAAUGUAUUCCUUCUCCACCAAGCUCGCCACUGCCACCCCGCCGUCCAUCAACACCAACCGUCGACUUUCUGGCAAGCUCAACAAGGGCUUCACACCGAAGAAUGGCUCCACGAAACUCGUAGUCAAGACGCUAAAGCCACAGCCAGCUUGGGAUGCAAACAAGUACUUCGAGGAAACAUGGGCACAGCUGGAUCAGGCACUAAACGUCAUCUUUACACAAGCUCCUGUCAACUUCUCCAUGGAAGAGCUAUACCGUGGUGUCGAAAACUUGUGUCGUCAGAAAAAAGCAGAGGAAAUCUACGCCAGACUUAGCCACAGGUGCAAGCAAUAUGUGAGGNNGGGGACUAUGAAGACAUCGUUACUGUCCAAGCAAAGGCAGUCUAACGUUCAGGUCCUGGAUGACGUUCUCAGUGCUUGGAAUACCUGGAAUCAGCAAAUGCACACGGUUCGCUGCAUCUUCUACUACAUGGAUCGUUCAUAUCUUCUGCAGACUUCUAGAGGUUCCCUGCAGGACGUCACCCUCAAAAUCUUCCGCGACAACAUCUUUGAAGACGCCACCCUGAAGCCUGGCAUAAUUGAUGGUGCCUGCGACUUGAUUUCCGCCGACAGAGAUGGUAAGGAUCUGGAAAGAAGCCAUCUCAGACAAGCCAUAUCCAUGUUCCACGAUCUCGCUACAUACUCCACCUCAUUUGAACCUCGUAUGCUCGCCUUUACUCAACAGUAUGUCGUACAAUGGGCCGACGAGAAGAGUGCCGAGCAGUCACUUCCUGAAUAUGUCAACAACGCUGCCAACUUUAUGACAAAGGAGAUUGACCGUUGUGAGUUCUUCGGCUUGGACCAAAGUACUCGGCGGGACCUGUUGGCUUUGCUCGAGGAACACAUCAUCGAAAACAAGGUUGAUUAUUUGACAAACCAGGACAGUGUUGCAGAUCUUCUGGACGACUACGCAGUCAAGGACCUGGGACAACUAUACGGAUUGCUGCAAAGACGUCGACUCGGCUCAAAAAUCCGACCUGCAUUCGAGCGCUGGGUCGACGACACAGGUACCCAGAUUGUAUUCGACGACAAGAAUGAUGCACAGAUGGUUGUGCGUUUGCUGUCACUCAAGACACGUCUGGACAAUAUCUGGCGCACCUCCUUCCAUCGUAGUGAGGAGCUUGGACAUGCUUUGCGCGAAUCUUUCGAGACCUUUAUCAACAAGACCAAGAAGUCUGCUGCGACACAUGGUACUGACAACUCCAAGACAGGAGAGAUGAUUGCCAAGUAUGUUGAUCAAUUGCUACGUGGAGGUGCCAAAGCUAUUCCGACAGACCUUACCCUACAUGCCCGUGACAAUGCUGGAAAGGAAGAGUAUGACGACAACGAGGCCAUGGAUGAAGACAGUGAAGUCAAUGCACAACUCGAUCAAGUUCUGGACCUGUUCAGAUUCGUCCAUGGCAAGGCUGUGUUCGAAGCAUUCUACAANAAGGAUCUUGCACGUCGACUACUCAUGGGUCGUUCAGCCAGUGCGGACGCUGAACGAAGUAUGCUCGCCCGUCUAAAGACUGAGUGCGGUGCGGAAUUUACACACAACCUCGAGCAGAUGUUUAAGGACGUUGAGCUCGCCCGUGAAGAGAUGUCUUCGUACAAAUCACGAAUGGAAGAACGGGACGAACGACCAAAGAUUGAUCUCAACGUGAACGUACUUUCGGCAGCAGCAUGGCCAACUUACCCCGCUGUACCUGUUAUGAUCCCUGCAGACAUCCAGACGGCUAUCGAUGAGUACGAACGCCACUACAAGUCCAAGCAUAGUGGGCGUAAGCUUGACUGGAAACACUCGCUCGCUCACUGUCAGAUGAAAGCCAAGUUUGUCAAGGGCACAAAAGAGCUGGUGGUUUCAUCUUUCCAAGCCAUCAUCUUGUUGCUUUUUAAUAACGUCGAGCCAUCUCAACAUCUGACUUACGACUUUAUCAAGUCAGAAUCAGGACUUCCAGAGGCAGAGGUCAAUCGUACCCUUCAAUCUCUGGCUUGUGCAAAACUUCGACCACUGCAGAAGCACCCCAAGGGCAGAGAGAUUUCGCCGACGGACACUUUCACAGUCGAUACAAGCUUCUGGCACGACAAGUACCGAGUUAAGAUCAACCAAGUGCAACUCAAGGAGACCAAGGAAGAAAACAAGGAGACGCACGAACGUGUUGCCGAGGACCGAAACUUUGAAUGCCAGGCUGCUGUGGUCAGAGUGAUGAAGGCGAGAAAGACAAUUGGCCAUUCGGAGCUGAUCGCAGAAGUCAUCAAGGCAACGAGGAGCAGAGGCGUGUUGGAUGUCAAGGACAUCAAGAAGAACAUCGACAGGCUUAUCGAAAAGGACUACAUGGAGCGUGAGGAGGGCAACAUGUACAGCUACAUUGCGUAG